AUGCCCUCCAAAUCCUCCUCCCGUCAAUCAGAUUCUUCCCGCAAGAGUUCAUGCGGCUGCUGCUGCUUCUCCAUGCGCAAACUCGGUUUCCUUGCGGUCUUCGUGGCUAUCUUCGCCGCGCUGUACAACUACCUUGAUGCUCGUCUUGAGCAAUUCUACAUCUUCAACCCCGAACAAUUGCACGACCUCUCCCAGCGCGCCGUUCAGGCUCAUGGCAACGACACCCGUGCGAUGGUCGACUUUAUCGUCGCCGAGCUGGACCAGAAAAUCCCAGGAAUCCACCUGAACAAGGACGAGGAAUGGAUUUUCAACAAUGCUGGUGGUGCCAUGGGUGCCAUGUACAUCAUUCAUGCUAGUAUCACUGAAUACUUGAUCAUCUUCGGCACCGCGAUUGGCACCGAGGGCCACACCGGCCGCCACACCGCAGAUGACUACUUCAACAUCCUCCAGGGAACCCAGGUCGCCUACGUCCCCGGAACUUUCGAGCCCGAGAUCUACCCCCCUGGCAGCGUGCACCACCUCCGCCGCGGCGAGGUCAAGCAGUACAAGAUGGAGCAGUCCUGCUUUGCCCUCGAGUACGCCCGUGGUUGGAUCCCUCCCAUGCUUUUCUUCGGUUACGCCGAUACUUUCACCAGCACCCUUGAUUUCCCUACCUUGUGGGCCACGACGAGAGUCACAGGCCGCGAAAUGAUCAUGAACCUGCUGCGGUGGAAAUUUUGA